AUGGCAGAUGAAGCAGCGCAGCUGAAAGAGAAGGGCAACCAGGAAGUCAAGGCCCAAAAUUUGAGGCGCGCCAUGGAGCUUUACUCCGAGGCCAUCGAAAUCCUGGAUGCAGGUCAGUCCCCUCGCCUUCUGGCCGAGCUCUUGGGGAACCGUUGCCUGUGUCAGAUGCGCCUGAAGAGGUACCAGGAGGCCCUUAGCGACGCUCAGCGGGCGGUGCAAGUGGAUGCCAGCUAUACAAAGGGCUUCUACCGCCUGGCAAUCUGCCAAAAGGAGCUCUCAGAUUUAGCUGGAGCAUGGGAGAGCGCCAUGAGAGCAUGGGCUCUGGAUCCUCAAGACUCUGCCAUCCGUGAGCUUCAAGACACCAUUCAUCGCCUGGAAGGUGCAAAACCAGUAGCGAAACCCUGGUUUCUGGUUCAUGCGAUGCUAAUGGAUCUCACAGCAGUCGCGAUGGCCCAUGGACAUCUGCUGGAAGUAGUUCUUCGCUCGGCGAUCGAAGGAUCCUCGCGGAAACCGCAGGAAAAAGGCCUCCGCCGCUCCGCCGACGCCUAUGCCUCAGCGCUGGCGCACGCCGUGACGCCCACGUCGUUGACGUCGACGAGCUGCCUGCGGCUGGGCGUCUUCGGUGAGGGUUUGGUGGCUGCCCAUGGCAACAAUGCUCUAGCCCUGGGGCUUUGCGAAGCUUUGGCGAUUUCGGGGCUGGUCGGGGAGGUCUUUGUAUGCUUGUACUGCGGCCUGAGCACCGCGUCACUGAUGAAGGAUGAGCCCACGCUGCGCGAUGUGCGCGGUCGCUGCGGGCCCAACCUGGCGGAAUUCCAACGGCAAGCCAGACCUGACCUUCUUCUCAUCGUGGCAGGCGGCCACGACCUCAGCAUGCACAAUGCUGCCUCGGAUGUGGCCUUGCAGCUACAGCAACUGCUGAGCAGUUGCAAGGCGCGUCCAGAUACCUUGGUAGCUGCCAUGGCGGUGCCCGACGCCGGGCGCAGAGCGGAAGAGUCCUCCAUGCUGGGCCGUGGGCUGACGCAAAGGCGCCACGAGACCAACAAACACUUGGCAUCAUGGCUGGCAUGCCACGAUCCCCUAUGGAUCGGUGCCUCCUCGUUGCCAUGGGGACCCAGGUCCGUUGCAGCUGGCUUUUGGGAUGGUGGUUUACUUUCGCCCAAGGGUGCCCGGGUUCUGGGAGCCCGAUUGAUUUCCAUCCUGCUGCCGCUGCUGCGGCGACAUCGACAACGACCACCGCAGGAUGCUGAGCUUCCGGAGGAAGGUGAGAUUCCAUCCUUGGAUGCUUUCUUGAAGGCAUUCAGCUUGGAAGAUGAGGCUGAGGCGAGAAGUGCUGCAGAAGGUGCCCCUCGAGUAUCAGGUGCUCCUGCACCACCCUGGGAGGUGGCUGCAGCCCUUGUGCUUCAGCGACAGCUGCGAAAUGUCUUGGGCUCCAAGGGUAAGGCUCAAAGGUUAGCCGUGGCUCGCCUGCGUGUUCGACAGCGGCUGGCUCCCGCCAUCUCUGCCAGCCGUCCCCAGCAGAACGUGACGCCGUGGGGUCUGCGACUGACCGCCGCAUGA